UCUCCAGGCAGUAACAACUGGUCCAGCCAAACAGCUUCCCACAGAAACUGCCUGUUACACUAAUGAGACGUCUCUGCAGAAGACAAUGUCUUCUCAAAUAUCUAACACAAGUGUGUCCUACGCACAGAAAAUCAUUAAGCCGCUGACCUCAGUCUCCAGUGCAGGCACAAGCACAGUAGCUGGUGUUAGCACUACUCUCCAUCAAGGCCAAAGGCAACAGUCUCAAAAGCGUAAGGUGUCUACCCUGAAAUUAACCCGGGCACGUGACCCGGCAAGUCCCAGUGAUUGUAAUACACAGCAACAGCUGAAGCCUGUUGAAGUGCCAGUAUUUCCACAAAGGCCUGUCUCACCUGACUGUCACCCUGUGCCUGAGGUACACACAGCAUCUCUUUCCAUUCAGAUAGCUCCCACCCCUGACAAUAAAGCAGAGCCUGAAAUCCAAGAACAUCCACCUAGUAUUUCUCCAGACACUUCAAAGAUGUCUUCAAAGGAUUUGGGACAAAAUUCUACAGUUCUUCCUCCUUCACAGGCUGCAGAGUGCCAUGUGCUUGGAAACCAGAAAGUAACUGCCCCUGUGAUGGAGGUAAAUGCUUCACAGACACACAGACAAACAGCAACAGAAGCUUCGCCACUGCCUCUUCCUCCUCCUGUGGUACCAGUUAACAGAGCCUCUUUCUCACCAGACAGUGGCACCCACCCAGUACCAUAUUCUUUGCCAAUGCUUGAUGAUUUUUUGCCUCCACGCUUUUAUAAAACCUCAUCCCUUUCACAGUUUUCAUGUAAAUGCCCAUACCUAGCUUCUGAAAGUGAUAUCCACAGGAAUGAAACAGCCUCUGUAAGCACAGAUUCUGCCAUGAGUGAGUGCUCCUCCCGCACAGUGAGUGAGUCCUCCACAGCCAUUCUAGAUGAGCUGCAGACUUGUAGCUAUGAUACUACUGACUGCUCUGAAACACCUUCCCCAACCUUGAGCCAGAUGUCUGCUGUGUCAGAUGGCACCACCUUAACCAACACUGCUGCCACUUCUCAUGCUCAGAUCACAGUGAAUGGGAACUCUGGCACUGCUGCCAGCCCAGUGAGUCACUUUCAAAGGCCUUUUUCCCCUUCUUCAGCUUACCCUCCACCAGCUUCACUCAAUUCCAACAUCGUUAUCAUGCAGCAUGGCAGGAUGAUGGAGUCCACAGAGACAUACUCACAGCACGUUGAGACUGUUGGCAGCACCACCACCACCAGUACAAUACCAAUCUGUAGAUCCUCAGAAGAGGAAAAAAAAGUUACGGUCAUUAAAGCCCCACAUUAUGCAGGGAUUGGCCCGGUAGAUGAAUCUGGAAUCCCUACAGCAAUUAGAACGACAGUUGACAGGCCAAAGGAUUGGUACAAGACAAUGUUCAAGCAAAUCCACAUGGUUCAUAGGCCUGAUGACGACCCAGACAUGUACAAUGCUGCCUAUGCGUACAGUGCGGGUAGCUACAGUCCAUCCUUCUCUGCUCAGGCACACCCAGCUGCAAAGACACAGACAUACAGACCAUUGUCUAAAAGUGCUUCUGACAGUAGUUCUGAUGCCUUUAAGGUCUCAUCCCCUUUACCACCUCCCCAUGUGCCACCUCCUGUACCACCACAUCGUAUGAGGGAAAGGUCUACAGAAAAAAAUGAGUGGGAUCCCCCUGACAGAAAGGUAGACACCCGCAAGUUCCGUUCUGAACCAAGAAGUAUUUUUGAAUACGAGCCAGGAAAGUCAUCAAUCCUUGAACAUGAGAGGCCGACUGAUCGCAUAAACCCAGAUGACAUAGAUUUAGAAAAUGAACCCUGGUAUAAAUUCUUUUCAGAACUGGAGUUUGGACGUCCGCCACCUAAAAAGCUUUUGGACUAUGUUCAAGACAGUUCUUCUGGUGUUUCCAAUGAGACUUCCUUGUAUCAUCACUACUCAACAGACAAAGGUCUGGACAGGCCCUGUAGUUCUGCGAGUACUGCGAGUGACUACAGGAAAAGAAGGAAGUCAGAACCUGCUGUAAGUCACCAGAGGGUCCACGGCGAUCAGAACACAAACAGGCCUAGCCCGGGCCGUACAGAUAUGCAAGGCCCACAUACCACCCUUAGAAAGCCUUUAACUAGCUCAUCUCCUUCUUCUCCAUCGAGAGCAAAAGGUGGGGAUAUUAGCAAAGCAUAUCCAUCCCUUUUAAAUUAUUCAGUGCACAACCACAACACCUCAAAUGAAUUAGAUUACUGUAGCACUUACAGACAACAUUUAGCUGUUCCAAAUGAUUCAAGAAGAGCAGUCAGCUACAAGAAUGGUUGGCAAAUGACUCGUCAGAACGCAGAAGUCUGGAGCAGCACAGAAGAAACUGCUUCUCCAAAGAGAAAAUCUCGUAGCUGUGACGAUCUUUUAACAGAUGACCGCGACAGCUUUCCCGAUGCACAGGCCAAGUCUGAAAGCAUGGGCUCUCUGUUAUGUGAGGAGGACUCCAAAGAAGUUUGCUCUAUGAACUGGGCCUCCCCAUACGUUGAGGGCCAUGGCAGUAGCAGGUCAAGAGUUCGUCACAGAUCUGCACAUGAUGCCCCAGGUUUCCUAAAAAUGUACAAAAAGAUGCACCGCAUCAAUCGCAAGGACUUGAUGAAUUCUGAGGUGAUUUGUUCUGUGAAGUCCAGAAUACUGCAGUAUGAAAAAGAGCAGCACAAAGGUAUUCUUCAAGGCUGGAGAGAGUCUUCUACUGAAGAGGUGCCCAGAGACAUGGUGCCAACCAGAAUAUCUGAAUUCGAAAAGUUAAUUCAGAAGUCAAAAUCGAUGCCGAACCUAGGUGAUGACAUGUUGUCAACUGUUACAUUAGAGCCUCCUAAAAAUGGCUUGUGUCCAAAGAGGCGAUUCUCUAUUGAAUCUUUGCUGGAAGAAGAAAAUCAAGGCAGACAUCCAACUCAGGUACAACGGAGCUACAAAUCUAAAACUCUGGUGCCAAUUCAUAUUGAAGUGACCAGCGAUGAGCCACCACGAUCGCAUAUGGAUUUUUCAGACAGCGACCAAGAUGGAGUGGUUUCUGACCUCAGUGACUUUAUCCAAAUAGAGGGGUCAUCCUUUUGCAGUGAAAGUGACUUUGACCAUUUUUCCUUCACAUCAUCUGAAAGCUUUUAUGGAUCAGGCCAUCACCAUCACCACCACCACCACAGGCAUCUCAUCAGCUCCUGCAAAGGGCGAUGUCCAGCAUCCUACACUCGCUUCACCACCAUGUUGAAACAUGAAAGGGCUAAACAAGAAAUCACUGAGGAUCCAAGGAGACAGGAGGCAGAAUCUGGCCUCUCUAAGAUAGCAUUCCUAGUCAGUCCAGUGCCUUUCCGGCGAAAAAAAAGUGCAGCUCCUAAAAAACAAAGUGAAAAGAAAAAAUGCAAGUCAUCUGUAUUUGAAGCACUAGAUUCUGCACUUAAAGACAUCUGUGACCAAAUUAAAGCUGAGAAAAGAAGGGGCAGCUUACCCGACAACAGUAUAUUACACAGACUUAUUACUGAGCUGCUUCCAGAUAUUCCAGAAAGGAAUUCAUCUCUUAAAGCUCUGAAAAAGAGACCAAUGCACCAGCCUUUUCAUCCACUGCCUCAAGAUGGUGCUAUCCAUUGCCCCUUGUACCAGAAUGAUUGUGGAAGAUUACCUCUUAGUGCCUCUUUUCCAGACAUGGAUGCAACUAACAACAAUGAUAGUGCACUGUGUUUCCAAGUAGACCAGGAAUCUCCUGGAAGUUAUUCUUCUGCUUUCACUGAUGUGGGAAGAUGUACUCCAAGGGAGAGAAGAGGAACUACAGACAAAGAGAAACUGCCAGCUAGAGCUGUAUAUGACUUUAAAGCUCAGACUUCUAAAGAGCUGUCCUUUAAGAAAGGAGAUACUGUCUAUAUCCUCAGGAAAAUUGAUCAAAACUGGUAUGAGGGUGAGCACCAUGGAAGAGUUGGAAUAUUCCCCAUUUCUUAUGUUGAGAAACUUUCUCCCCCAGAAAAAGCACAGCCUGCCAGGCCACCUCCCCCUGCACAGAUUGGAGAGAUUGGAGAAGCUGUUGCCAAAUACAAUUUCAAUGCAGACACAAAUGUGGAGUUAUCACUUCGAAAGGGAGACAGAGUAAUUCUUCUUAAGCGCGUUGAUCAAAACUGGUAUGAAGGUAAAAUACCAGGAACCAACAGACAAGGCAUCUUCCCUGUUUCCUAUGUAGAAGUCAUCAAAAAGAAUGCAUCGAAAGGUGCUGAUGACUACCCUGAUCCUCCAAUACCCCAAAGCUAUUCUAGCGACAGGAUACACCAUUUAAGUUCAACUAAGGCUAAUUUAAAGAGAGAGAUAUUUGUUGUUGGUAAACCUCCUCGUAGCCCACUGAUGACUAGGAGAUCCUGCAGCUCACCUGUCAGAGGUCCCAGCUAUUCACACAGGCCACAACGCCCUGUCCUUGCUCAUGAAAACAUACACGGUGGGGGGGAACCGUUUCAGGCUCUAUAUAACUAUACUCCUAGGAAUGAAGAUGAAUUGGAGCUCAGAGAGGGAGAUGUCAUUGAUGUGAUGGAAAAAUGUGAUGAUGGAUGGUUUGUGGGAACCUCAAGAAGAACCAAAUUCUUUGGUACUUUCCCUGGAAACUAUGUCAAGAGGCUGUGAAUUUUUUUUUCUACUUAUUUAUGCUGCAUCUCCGCAACACAUCUGCAUAAGGUUGCUAGAAAACAUGCUCCGCUGGCCUUCUGUUUUCUUGCUUGCAGCCUCAAAUAGAGGCCAUCUAGUUCAUCCUCAUCCCAUCCCACCUGCCAAACCGUUCCACCAGUAUUACAGCAACAACCACGGUAUGAAUAACUAAGCAUUUCUGAAACAAGCGGAAUCGUUUCAACAUUUAAAUCCUCCCUGCUUUAAAGCCUUUUCAUUUGAAACACAAUAGGAAAAGCCUGGUGACUAGUACACAGAGAAAAUGCCAUGGGGCGGAGUGGGGGGAGAAACUGCUGAUAGUUUGGACAUUUGUGGUACUGUCAUUAAGUCUGCUGGGAUUUUUUCAGCAUGCAUGUAAUACAGAGGGGAGUUGCUGUUUACUUUUUUUUAGCAGUACUUUUUUUCCACACUGUUACUAGCUUGGCAGCACUUGUUGCUUUCACUUUGCCGCAUCACAGGUUUGCCUAUUGUACUGGUUUACAAUGUAUGACAAAUUAUUACUAUUAGAGAUUUUUUUUCUUUGCCUGCACUUGUAUGUUGUAACAUAUGCACAGCGACUGUAAAAUCUCAAGCAAGUGUAGUGAAAAAUGGAAGAGCUGCAAGUGUUCCGAGCAGGUGCAAUGGUAUUGGCUAAACCUUUGUUUUCUUUUUCCCCCGCCUAAAUAAAGCUGUAAUGGUUUUUGUUAAAACAUAUGAAAUCCUAGAGGCAUAAAACCUCAGGAAAGAGGAUUUAAUGAAGAGAUGGACAAUGAUAAAAGCACAGACAGUAAUAACCUGCUAAUGAAGUCUGAAAUUAAGUGGUUGCAAUGAACAUGUUGCAGUAGUAAGCAACAUGAACUUUGGGAGGUUAUUGUUUUUAUGUAUCAGGAAUUUUGAGAAGCAGAAAGUAAACAGUAUUAGUGCAAAGGGUUGUUGGUUGGUUUGGGGUGUGGGUUUUUUUCCUAGCAUAACCACCUGAAAAAUAUUCACAAGUAUCAUGAUAUACUGAUUUACUUCACUCUAUAUAUAUGUGUAUGUUAGCAAAACGUGAGUUACACACCCUUUUUAGGAAUUUAGUAUGGAAAAGAGAGUCACAAGUAUUAAAACUGAUACAUUUUAGAGGUGGGGGUUUUCUUUGUAUCCCGAAUGAAACGAGUAUUUGAAAGCAUACCUUUUCCAUCAGCAAAGGUAAGCAUAAAUAGCAAAUGAAACUAAGGCACAGGAUGAUAAUGACUAAGGCUUUCUGAAAAUUGAAGUUCAAAUUUGGUUUCUUCAGCACCUUAUAGAUGGCAAAAGCUUCUGCUGCAUUUCUCAUGGGUAAAGGAUUGAAAUUAUCAAAAUGUAUGUAGUCUCUGUAGCAUUUUGUACAUAGGUUUGCUUUUUUGUACAGAGCCAUUUGAUUGUUGAUUUUAAAACAAAAAUUAAAGUUCCUUACUUGAUCUCUGCCCCCUUCACAUAUAGAACAAUUCAAUGCAUUUUCCUUUCUUGCUCUAUUUACUGAAGCACACCUGGAUAGUGCAAUUCUGUAAGAUAGCAUUUUAUGCAAAAAUUUAUUAAUUAAAAUAUGGUUUACCAGCCAAAUCUAAAUGUACAUAUGUCUUUAUUACUGGGAAAUGUCAUUAAGACAAAGAAACAUCUUUGUGCAGCAUACCUUUAUUAUUGCAGAUUUCAUGGCAAAAGCUUUAUAUUCAAAGGCUUUCGAUUUUAAACUAGAUCUGCAUGCAGCUUUGCUGUGAGAUUAAUGCCAUUUAUGAUUGAAGACUUAAAUAUCUGUUGCCUGUGAUAUUUAAAAAGUACUGUUUCUACUCUGUAUCUGAUUUUAGAAAAAUGCAGGGUUUUCAUACCUGGCUUUCAGGUAACUGACUUUGAAUUCCUACAAGCAAAAGGUCUCUGUGUUUUUUUUCUUGGAUAGACUUCUAAUAAAUUUUGCUUGGAGUACACAA